AUGCCCGAAGGCGGUCAGUCACCUCCCCCGGAGCGGUCCACGGGCAAACAGAUGCACGACGUCCCCGGAACCGGCAAGGGAACCGAUGAUGCGUCGCAUAAAGAGGAGGCCAAUAAGGAGGCCCUUAAGAAUCUCACAUCGAACCCGCGGGGCCCGUUAGAAGACGAGGUUGACAGGAAAUUUGCCAAAACAGCCGCCAAGCCGAGCUCUUGA